AAGAAGAAGAAGAAGAAUUGCACAGUGGACGUCAAUCUUUUCUGUUAUGUUUAUUGUUGUACUACACAGACGCUUAAAAUAUUUGCGAAGUCGUAUUUAAUAAUUACGAUGACGGAUUCUUUUCAUUGAUAGACUUUAGAGGGACGUAAUACAAGAGAGACUAUCCAUUCCACUUGAAAUACAAUCUAGUAUUGUAAAUCUGUUUGCUCAGAUGCAUCUGUAUUUAUAAAUAUUUAUGAGUGUAAAAAAGUGACAACCAAAACAGCAGACUAUGGCUGAAACACAGAGAGUUGUUGUUUAUGGACGACAACCACCAUGUGCAAGUGGUUCACGUUUGGAGGAACGUCGGGCACGAAGACUUGCAUUACGAUUGGAGAGAAAUAGAAAGCCAGAUAAGCCUGAAGACUUUGUUUGCUAUGAAUCAAGUGAUGAUGAGGAGGAGACUGUUAGUGAAGGAAAACAAUUCUUACGAACCUCUUUCAAUUUUGUGGACUAUGUUCGCGCACGUGAAACGAACACGAGAGAAGUUCGAAAAAUCAAUCAAGAAUAUGGCUCUCGGCAUAUAUUAACGCAUGAUCUAUUUAAAGAGUAUUCAGUUAGUUUAAAUAACAUGAAUAAAGUGUUUUGCUCGCAGUGGCUCAGCGAUAGACAAGUAGUAUUUGGAACAAAAUGUAACAAAUUAAUGGUUUAUGAUGUUGCAACUCAAAAAUUAGAUCAGAUUCCUUCUCUUCAUGGGAGGCAAACUAAUCCUGGAGGUGGAGCAGUGCCCGAGCAACAGUGUGGCAUUCAUUCCGUUCAAAUAAAUCCUUCCAGAACCUUACUAUCGACUGGGGCUAGAAAUAGCAACGAAAUAGCGAUAUAUAGAUUACCAACUCUAGACCCAGUAUGCGUUGGGGAGACGGGGCAUAGAGACUGGGUAUUCGAUAUGUGUUGGCUAGACGAUGAAUUUUUAGUAUCUGGAUCUAGAGACACAAAAAUGGCAUUAUGGCGCAUUGACAGUGACCUUGCGGACGCUCCUGAUAAGGCUGACAUACCAUCACACAGACUAAUACAACCAGUAUGCGUAAAAGAGUGUCGAUCAGCUCAAAAAGUGCGUGCUUUGGCAUUUAACAAAGCUUACAUGGAAAUCGCAGCACUAUCGUUAAACAGUUUUAUACAUAUCUGGUCAGCCGAGACAUUCAAACAGAAAAUCUCAAGAAAAUUACCAGCCUGUCAAGAAAAUGUUUGCCUAGCAGUUCAAGACGACGGCGUCUACGCCGUAGGUUGUAGAUCAUAUACUCUUCUUCUGGAUGCAAGAACUUUACAGCCAAUAAAAAAAAUACCAUCAAGAUAUAGCGGCUGUGGAAUCAGAUCAGCAAGUUUUCAAGGCUCUGUCUUGACAAUUGGUACAGGAUUAGGGAUGCUGAUGUUCUAUGACGUGAGGGCUCAAAAAUAUUUGGAAUCCUCAAUAAAUUCAAAUCGAACAGUCGUUUUAAAAGCCAGCAAAGGAUACGUGUUUCCGGAUGAAGAAUACAUAGACGGUUUUCAAAAUGUCAAAUACACACCUGCCAUUUAUACUCACUGUUAUGACGCGUCUGGUACUCGUCUAUUCACAGCUGGUGGACCAUUGCCUGCAAAUCUGUACGGUAAUUACGCAGGAUUAUGGCAAUGAGUCUGAUUACGGGUUCGUAUUGCGCUGCAUAAUCACAAGCUUGUAAGAUACAAGCCUUUUGCUAUGUGCGGGAUAAAACUUAAUUGUGACAUUCUGACAAUUGUCCCACGUUCCACAUUUUCCCUGGGAUUAGUAAACGGGACGAAGAAUUCAUAGGAAAUCAUGCAAGAAAAAGGAAGCAUCGGACUACACUCAAAUUUUGUUCCUAUCUCGAGAACUAUUUCUAAAAAGGUUUCUGUCCGCGUCUUGCUUAUUUAACAUCAGACAUGGCAGAUAUAUAAGAAACUCGCACGGAUCGAAUUCUCAACGAACUAUUAAAUUCUCGACGUGAAAUGUGUCUGAAGAUGAUACUUCCGCAAAAUUGUAGACUACAUUCAAUGGUAUGCGAUUAAGUGUCUGUGCUAUUAUUUAUAAAUAUAAUUCCCAUAACGCGUUAGGUUAUCACGGAACAGGAUAAAAAUUUCUAGCAUUGCCAGUUCUGUGUCUCGUCCGCAAGCCAUUUGCAUGAUAAAGGAGUGCAUAAGAAAGUGAUCGGAAUAAUUAGGCAUGAAUUUGAUAUGAUGCAAUUGUAACAGAGAAGCGCCUCAAAAGGAUACUCGACAGAUUAUAUAUAAAUACGGGAUAUCAAUUUUCACGUGCAAUUUCCUAAUUGCGAAAUAAAUUAAACGUAAUAAUGGUGUUUAAGAAUGACGUAGUGGAAGAUGCUGCCAAGAUGUAUAGUUUAGUGAAUUAAUGAUGAAUGAUAUUGAACGAUCAUUCGUCGAUUAACAAAACGAGGUAUGGGUAUGAUCGUGAUGAAUAUUUAUUAUGGAAAGGAACACUUACAGUACCUCUUAAUAUCGCCUAGUGAAUUGUUAGGGGGCUCAUCAAUCGAAUGCAGAAGUUAAAAACUCUUAUUGUAGGAGGCAUUAAUUAAUUCUUCGUCAGCCUACUUUACGAAUAUCGUAAUAUUACUAUAGCAGCCAGAUACGAGGUGGCGUAUCCAAGAGAAGAAUAUAAAUGAUUUACAUCACAGACUAGAAAUGUCAAAAGCUGUGUACUUCCGGCAAGUUUACACGAGUUCACUUUCGAUCGAACCUGACUGUUAAUUUCAUAAGCUUGAGAAAAAGAAAAGAAAAACGACAAAACAAGAAUCCGCAUCGUUCGCUCUCGCAUCGUGGUAUUAUUAGGGAAAUUAUGAAAACUAAUGAAAAAUGGGAUAAAUGAAUUUUAUGAAAAAAGUAAUCAUACGAGUGAGCUGUGAUUGUGUAAAUGUUAUAUGUUUUUUUUUGCGUGCGUGCUGUUAUAUACAUUGAGAAAUGAUUUCUGCAUUGAGUAUAACUUUUCGAGGGGAAAUACAUUAUUGACACUCAGUGACGACAGGAAGCAAUUAGCGAUGUGCGACUAUUUAGAUAAUUGCCAAGUUUUAAUAGGAUAUCGUCCACGAUCGAACGCCGAUAAUUCAAUGACGCUUGGAAAAUUCAGUGUACUUAAAAUGAAAUCGCUGUGUUUUCAGUCCGAUCGUCGUUAAGAUUUUUAUGACUCGUUAUAUCGAUCAAGCCAAAAUAGAUUUAUUUCGGACUCCUAUGUUGUUUUUUUUUAAAAUACAAAUCGCGAAUAUCUAUAUUUGCACAAUAAAUGUAACGCGCCCACUAUGUUUAGGGAAGUGCUAACAAGGUGAUGAGCUGCUAUAUCGAUAUUUUCAAUAAAACUUGACAAAAAUUUUAAGCCUACUCGCACGCCCCUAAUAAUAAUAAUAAUUUAUCUAUUAAGAUCGUUAACAUAUUUAUGGUUAUGAUUUUUAACACAUGUUACUUUAUACGUAUACAAGAACCCAAUUAAUAUUAAUUCAAUUUUCUUUUCAUUUUUCCUCCCUUUUCUCUCAUGUAUUGCGAAUGUCAUUGAAUGACAAUGAUGCCGAUCCUUAUUCGAUCACCAGUCUCUGCCAUCUUAAUGAUGAAUUUUCUCGGCGUUAAUAAAUACCUAAUCGAAUUUAUUUGCGAUAAAUUGUACACUAUCGAUUAUUGACAGCUAUUAAGCGAGCGUUGACUUUGGGACUAUAAGAAAAUGAAUCAAUCGCCAUUAUUAGUGCAAGAAUAAAUCAUUAACAAACGUGCAUUAGAGAUUCACGUAUCACACUACGUCUAAGCGUAUGAAAAAUUACGGUUUUUCUUAUAAAAUUGACUAUCCGAUCGUGACGUUAUGCUCAACGUUAAUUGGUACAAUAUGAAAUUUUAUAAAUACCAUUGUUUACCAAAAUUAGUUCUCCCAAUUCAAAUUAUUUAAUUGCACCUGAACAUUCUUUAGACUUACCUUUCAUCUGCUGCGACACUAACAGGAUUACGAUUAUCUUAACCUAGAAAUAAAUUGGUUAAAAUAAUAUCAGGUCAUCUCUAGUCGAAUCUUGACCCCACUUGGAGGUAAAUGAAAAUAUAGUUUUUACAAGAAGCAA